GGCGGGGCUGAGGACGACGGAGGAAGAUGGCGGUGGGGGCGAGGUGAGGUGUUGGCAGUGGCGAGGGCCUCGGGCCCGGGGGGUGGGGGGACGCGGAGCGAUGGCCCGCGCCGGCUGCAGGGGCGGAUAAAACGCCGUCGUGCCGCGGGUGUGGGCCGGAGGGAGGAGACGGUGCCCGAGCGCCACAGGAGUAUGACGGGGCUGUACGAGCUGGUGUGGCGGGUGCUGCACGCGCUGCUCUGCCUGCACCGCACGCUCACCUCCUGGCUCCGCGUUCGCUUCGGCAUCUGGAACUGGAUCUGGCGGCGCUGCUGUCGCGCCGCCUCUGCCGCGGUCCUAGCGCCGCUCGGCUUCACUCUUCGCAAGCCCCCGGCCGUCGGCAGGAACCGGCGUCACCACCGGCACCCGCACGGGGGGCCCGGACCGGCCGCCUCCCACCGCCGGAUGCGGUGGCGCGCGGACGCCCGGUCCCUGCAGAAGCUGCCCGUGCACAUGGGCCUGGUGAUCACCGAGGUGGAGCAGGAGCCCAGCUUCUCAGACAUCGCUAGCCUCGUGGUGUGGUGUAUGGCCGUGGGGAUCUCCUACAUUAGCGUCUACGACCACCAAGGUAUUUUCAAGAGAAAUAAUUCCAGAUUGAUGGAUGAAAUUUUGAAACAACAGCAGGAACUUUUGGGCCUAGAUUGUUCCAAAUACUCACCAGAGUUUGCAAAUAGUAAUGACAAAGAUGAUCAAGUUUUAAAUUGCCCUUCAGCAGUGAGGGUGCUGUCUCCAGAAGAUGGAAAAGCAGAUAUUGUGAGAGCUGCUCAGGACUUUUGCCACUUAGUAGCCCAGCAGCAGAAGAAAUCCACAGAAUUGGAUGUAGAUAUGUUAGAAGGUUUACUUAAGUCACAUGGUUUCCCUGAUCCUGAUUUAGUAUUGAAGUUUGGUCCUGUGGACAGCACAUUAGGCUUUCUUCCCUGGCAAAUCAGAUUGACUGAGAUCAUAUCUUUGCCUUCCCACCUAAACAUCAGUUAUGAGGACUUUUUCUCUGCCCUUCGUCAAUAUGCAGCUUGUGAACAGCGUCUGGGAAAGUAGUGAUUCCUGGCUGCAUAAUUUAAUUUCAGGCUUUUGGAGAAAAGGACCCAAGUGACUCUGAUGUUUACAAAACACCUGUAAAACCCUGUAUACACCUAGAUCAUAUUCCUCAUAAUUUAUCAACAAACACAAAAAAGUGUCUUACUUGAGAAUGAGUGUGUGUGUUGUGUGUGUGUGUGCGCGUGCGUGCGUGCGUGUGCGUGCGUAUGGAAAUAAACUUAUAAAUGGGGACGCAUUGGGGAAUGGAGUACAUAGGCUUGUAGUUUUGAGCAAAUAACAGCAAUGUUUUCAGAGCUGAGAUUUCAGAUUUAAAGGCUUCAGCUCCUGCUACUUCCCGUUUUUGUGGGAGUAGAGGGAGUGAUUAAAGCUGUUUUAAUUGUCUGGGGGUAGGGGGAUGGAGGUCAUUUUUUUUCAGUCUUUCCUAGUGACCAAACUUUAAUUUUUAUGAAUAAUAUAUUGACUUAUUAAAUGGAAGUAUCCUCAUUUUGAGGGACUUCAGAGGAGUGGAAUUCUGUGUUCACAUACUGAAAGCUUGCUUACUUUCAGAGCAGAGAGAUAUCUUCAGAUUUCCAUCCCUUUUCAUUUCUUCGUUAUAGAAAGUAAUGUGACUUGAGAGUGUUGCUCUGAUGUUUGUGUUCUGGGUUACAAAGAAACCCAGAACAUUUGAAAAAGAAAAUAUUGAAGUAUAGAAUAUAAAAAUUUUAAAUAAUUAGGCAGUCAAAAAACAAAAAAGUUGAAUAACUUAAAAUCUUAAAUGAAAAUUUCCUAAAGUGCGUCUUGAUUUUCUUGUUUGUGUGAUGAGCAGUCUGCUUAUAGUACACAAAACUGGUUUAAAAAAUAUUUCCAUUAACUUUUUAUUUAAACAUUUGAGAAAAGUCACCAAGGCAGCUCUUUUCCUCAAAAGUAACCUGUUCCUCUUUUGAGUAAAACCUGGAAUUUUUUUUCCCUUUAGUAAAUCUCAAGGUGACGUUGCAUAAAUGAUUAAGUAGGAUUGAGGCCUGUAUUGCUGAAGUCUGUAAAAAUAAUUUAACUUAAUCCUUCGUGUUCUCUUAUGUGAUAGAGAACUCAUUCUGUUAUUUUUAAAGUAAGUGAUUUCUUGGUGGAUGUUUAAUAUUUUCCCAUACUGCUAAUCCUUGGAUGAAAACCAUUCUUCAUAUUUGAUGGUUAAUAUUCAUAAAAACUCUUUAACAAGUGUACAAGAGUUAUGUACAUUCAGAAUAGAGUAGUUUAAAUACUAGGCCUCAGAAAUCUGAAAAAUAGCAAAGAAGAUUGAAUUUGGAAAGUGGUCUGGAAUGACUUGUCAGAUUCUAAAGUGACGAAUAAAUGUUUCAACUUUGGAUUAUAAAACCCCGUUUAUGAUUUUUAAAAUACUUGAAAUAAAAAUGAUUAAAGUAAAAUUUGUCCAGUGACAUUACUUUGCACUUCAGUUUUUUGUAUGAAUUUUUUAAAAGUCUUAAUUUAUUGCCAAAAUUUUGUGCGAAGCUACAGCAUAUCUAAACGUUAUUAGAGAAUUUCCCAUUUCUGUUCCCUUGUACUGUGGCCCAUGUCCCAUUGUCGCCGCCCCCCACCACCCCCAAGAGGAUAAUUUGAGACAAUGUUUUUCAUUAACAUGGUAGAUAUAAAUGUCAUUUAUAGAUAUUGUGGGAUAGGUACAGCUUUUGAGAGUUAAGUUUAAUAGACUUAAUUAAAUAAAGGAAUUUAAGGUUUGUUAAAAUGAUGUUAAAGAAAUUACCCAUUGGCCUAGCACCAAAGUCCCUAAACUGUUGAGUUUUUGUAUCUCCUUUCCAUUUCUUACUAGUACAUGCACAGCAAAACAGGUCUAUAGCCCAUGACCUAAAUCUGUUGUAGUCCAAGGAAGAGAGACUUAAACAGAUAACUAAGGCUUUUGAAUUCAAAUUUAGGAACCAGAAUCUUACAGAGUUCAACUGCUAGUGCAGUCCCUACAACUUGAAUGGCAUUAGUCUUUCUCUAAUUCCUGCCAAGAUCAUCACAGUUUGUCCAUCAUCAAAACUCCCAAGCAAUGGAAAUUUUAAAGAGAAUUGUGUAUUUUCACGUGUAUUGAAGGAUAUUCUUUAAAUUGUUUCUUCUCAAUGCUCCCCAUAAUGAAAAAACUACCAAAUUAAAUCUCCUUACAGAUGGCAGUUUGGAGUGCAUAGAGUUGGAGGGUUUGAAGUCCAUUCCCAAGUCUGGCUGUGGAUCGUGCAUCUGACUGGUUAUUUUUGUGAAGUUGAAAGCCGAUUUUAAUGUGAAUAGCAAAUUCUGGUGUGUUGUGACUAAAGCUUAAGUAUGCCUGUUUCGACAAGAAAAUGUUAUAAAUCCUGAACAGUGCCAAAUACACUGUGCAUAUCUAUGAUUUACCUUUUGAAUGUAUGUUAAUUAGCUCCCUUCUGUGCGAUGGUCUCAUGCUUAGAGUUGUUUAAAUCCUUGUGAUGUUUGGUAUGGCUGUAGACUUUGGCAACAUGUAAAUAAUGUGUACAGCAAGUUUUUAUGAUUAAGCAAUCAAAUUUAUUGAAUUUUAUUAUUGAAAGUUGAAACAAUAUGUAUGAACUAAAAAAAAUCAAUAAAAGAAUAUACUCUU